CUGACAUCAUUGAUUUUAUUUAAAUUCGAUUUAAAUAUUUCCCGAAAAAUUCAAUUAGAAUCGAUGACAGGGGCGGCGGUAUUCGCAGGUUCUCACGCUCCGGUCACACUGCCACUUUAGUUCUCAUCGUCGCCGUCGUUUUUCCGAGUAUUCCGAGAUCCCGUUCCGUUUGUUAAUUAUUGUUUUUAAUUCGACAAGGUGUGUUUUUUAUUGAGCGAGCCCCAGCCCAGGAUCGGCAGUUAGGGCGUGCGCGGUAGCCAAUUCUUUAUCGGGGCGGCUGAGAGUAGUGAAUCAGAAGCGAAAAGCCGUGUGAAAAGAUGUACGUGAUGAUUUUCCGCUCAUAUAGUGGAUAAAGUAAAGGCGAGCCUACACACACCUGCGCAUACAUUUACGGCCCAAGAUAUAUCCAUAAUUCGAGCGAAAUUAUAGUGACAAGGCGGCGUCCCAGAGUGUCUCUGUGUGUGUGUUAAGUUUCUUCGCGAACCACAAUGUCGGCACGUUCCAGCGGCUCAGUGGCCGCUGUAGCCGCCGCCUCCUCCUCGGCAUCCGGUGGGGGCGAUGUGCCGCGUCCACCGCCCCGCAGGCGGGCCGCCUCGGUUGCAGGACAACAGCAGACGCGCAUGGAAUUUGGAAACGGACACACGCCACGUCGAUCGCUGGCAGCGGUGAACGACUCUGGAGACUCGUGUCACCUGCGUAUCGUCGUCCUCAGUGGCCAGUCGCUGGCCAAGAAGGACAUUUUCGGUGCCAGCGACCCGUAUGUCAGAAUCGAUUUGAACACAAUCAAUGGUGAUAUUAAUAUUGACUCUGUGUUGACGAAAACCAAAAAGAAGACUUUGAAUCCAAUUUGGAAUGAGGAGUUUAUAUUCAGAGUUAAGCCCUCUGAGCAUAAGCUUGUCUUUCAAGUAUUUGACGAGAAUCGCCUGACACGCGACGACUUCCUGGGCAUGGUCGAGCUGACCCUGGUUAACCUGCCCACCGAGCAGGAGGGUCGCACCAUCGGCGAACAAAGCUACACUCUGCGCCCGCGCAGGUCAGUAGGCGCCAAAUCCCGCAUCAAGGGCACCCUGCGGAUCUAUCACGCCUUCAUCCGAGAGACCCGGGAACAGAGCGAACCCUCCAGCGGCAACAGCGAUGGCGAGUGGGAGCACGUGGAGGCCAACUCGUCUGGCGAAACCUCCGCCCAGCCGCAUCCGUUCGCAAGUGGCGGUCAUGAUUCCCUGCCGGCUGGCUGGGAGGAGCGGCAGGAUGCCAAUGGACGCACUUACUAUGUGAAUCACACGGCAAGGACAACGCAGUGGGAGCGACCGACAGUUUUAAACAACACCAACCAGAACCACGCGGCAGACCAACUGGCCUCGGACUUCCAGAGACGUUUCCACAUCAGUGUGGAUGAAACGGAGUCGGGACGAUCGGCGGACACCAUCAGUCGUAGUAGUCUAGAGGACAAUAACAAUGCCACAACACCGACACCCACACCAGCAGCCACCACACCCACAGACAACAAUCCAACAGGAACAAUCUCAGAACCCAUAACACCGACACCACCGGCAGACUUCCAUGGAAUCCCCCUCGACCUCAUCAAUUCCAAUGGUGGCCCAGAGCCAGAACCAGAUCCCGAUCCAGCUGUGGACAAUGCCAGUUUUGUUUACAAUUCUCUGCGACAUCGUGUCGCCGUUAGGCAGCCCGAAAUCUCAGCGACCAGCCUGCAGAACGAUCUCCGGCCGGUGCGCCUGGCGCCCGGCGUUCCAGACAUAGCCCUGACCAACGUGUUGAUGCGACGAGCGGCGGGCAACAUGACGGGAAGACAGCAGCAGCGACGACGACAGCAGAUGCACCAGCACAUCCAGCAGCAUCAGCAGCGACAGCAGCAGCAGCAGCAGGCUAGAAUAUUGCUCGAUGUUGAUCAUCGCCAGCAGCAGCAGCAGCGGCAGGAGAUGCAGCCACCACUGCGGAGACACCAGCAGCUGCAGCUGCACCUGUAUCUGCAACAUCAACAAUUGAAUGAAGACACCGAUCACACAGACAGCCACAAUCCCUCCGAGAUCUCAGCUCCGUCCACCCGACGCAAUUCCGAGGAAGACAACGCGGCUGUGCCUCCCAUGGAACAAACCGCUGCCGGCGAGGAAGAGGCACUGCCGCCCCGCUGGUCCAUGCAGGUGGCUCCCAAUGGCCGGACAUUCUUCAUCGAUCAUGCUGCCCGUCGUACCACCUGGAUAGAUCCCCGGAACGGACGGGCCAGCCCAAUGCCAAACCAGACCAGACGCGUAGAAGAUGAUCUAGGACCUUUGCCCGAGGGCUGGGAGGAGCGGGUGCACACCGAUGGACGUGUAUUCUACAUAGAUCAUAACACACGCACCACUCAGUGGGAGGACCCACGCCUCUCCAAUCCAAAUAUUGCUGGCCAGGCGGUGCCCUAUUCCAGAGACUACAAGCAGAAAUACGAGUAUUUCAAGAGUCAUAUUAGAAAGCCUACCAACGUACCAAAUAAAUUUGAAAUACGUAUCCGCCGUACAUCAAUCCUGGAGGAUUCCUACCGAAUCAUUAGUUCGGUGACAAAGACCGAUUUGCUAAAGACUAAAUUAUGGGUAGAGUUUGAGGGAGAGACUGGAUUAGAUUAUGGUGGCCUUGCUAGGGAGUGGUUCUAUUUGCUGUCGAAGGAAAUGUUCAAUCCGUACUACGGUCUCUUCGAGUACUCCGCCAUGGAUAACUACACUCUGCAGAUCAACAACGGCAGUGGCUUGUGCAAUGAGGAGCAUUUAAGUUACUUCAAAUUCAUUGGACGCAUUGCCGGUAUGGCUGUGUACCAUGGCAAGCUGCUAGAUGCCUUCUUCAUUCGUCCAUUCUACAAGAUGAUGCUGCAAAAGCCCAUCGACCUGAAGGACAUGGAGUCCGUGGACACCGAGUACUACAACUCAUUGAUGUGGAUUAAGGAGAACGAUCCCCGAAUCCUGGAGCUUACCUUCUGCCUGGACGAGGACGUGUUUGGCCAGAAGAGUCAGCAUGAACUGAAGCCGGGAGGCGCCAACAUCGAUGUUACCAAUGAGAACAAGGACGAAUACAUCAAACUCGUUAUCGAAUGGCGUUUCGUGGCGCGCGUCAAGGAGCAGAUGUCCGUGUUCCUGGACGGCUUUGGCUCGAUCAUCCCCCUGAAUCUGAUCAAGAUCUUCGACGAGCACGAGCUGGAGCUGCUGAUGUGCGGCAUUCAGAACAUCGAUGUGCGGGACUGGCGCGAGAACACGCUCUACAAGGGCGACUACCACAUGAACCACAUCAUCAUCCAGUGGUUCUGGCGAGCAGUGCUCUCCUUUUCGAACGAAAUGCGUUCGCGACUGCUGCAGUUUGUCACCGGAACGUCGCGAGUGCCCAUGAAUGGUUUCAAGGAGCUGUACGGUUCCAAUGGCCCCCAAAUGUUCACCAUCGAGAAGUGGGGCACACCCAACAACUAUCCAAGGGCGCACACCUGCUUUAAUCGCUUGGACUUGCCGCCCUACGAGGGCUACCUGCAGCUGAAGGACAAGCUCAUCAAGGCCAUUGAGGGCAGCCAAGGGUUCGCUGGUGUUGAUUAAUAACACCGGCACCGGGAGCGACAAUACGGGCGACAAUGAAUGGCUUUGGCUCGUUGUGCAGCAGCAAUUUCUGCAGCACCAGCAAGAGGAGCAGCAACAGCAACAGCAACAACAACAACAGCAACAACAACAACGACUCCAAACAUCACAACAACGACAAUUUCAGCAGCAGCCACGAAAUGAACAGCAUCGGAUGAACCGCAAUUUCAUUUCAACCACUUGGAACAGCACCGCCAGCCAAUCGUGUACUUAUUUGUUCGUUUGCUUUUGUAUUAUAAUCAUUUUUGCUAGUUUAGUGUUAUUUCGUAUGUAUUUUAACUAGGCGCCAAACAAAACUCAAACACAACAUACACACAACAAACACAACAUACACCAAGUAAACGCAUCGAAAAACUGAAAAAAAAGAAAUCUGAAACGGAUAAAAAUGAGAUAAAAUCCAAAUAUCUAAUGCUGCGCAUGGUGAACCACAAGAACCUAACAAAGAGUCCAAAUUAUAUAUAAAUAUAUUUAUUACUACAUUGCCGACAAUUGUAAAAAGUUGAAAACGUUUUACAAACUAAGUGAGAGAAACCCUAACUAACUAUUAAAUCUAUAGAGUCAACAACAAAAAAAAAAAAUAUAUAUAUAUCUUUUAUCUAUAUGCAGAGAACCUUUUUAUAAUUGUUAUUUUUAUGCGCUAUUCCUCUAAACGUGCCCCGCCUCCUCCAAUACCUAAGAAGGGCGGGAGAACAAAAAUUUGAUAUCUAAAAAAAAAUAUAAAUGCAAGUUAAUAUUUGUAAAAUCUGAUAAACGGAUAUUUUUAAAGAAAAAUUAAAUUUUUUAUUCUGUGUAAUUGUAUGUGUAUUCAAAAUAAUUAUAAUGUUAGUCCAUAAAAGUCGCUCUUUACUAUUUAAUAAAAAGACAAAAAACAAUUAAAUUAAUUAUGAAAAUGGAAUGAAAUCAAAAAGAAACUAAAUCGAAAAAUGAUUGAAAUUAAUGUAUAUUGUAUAAAUGUUAAUUAUAUACACCCACACACAUUCCAAAUGUUUAUGGCGAAAGAGUAACUCUGCAAAUUGGAGGCCUAAAUAAUAAUAUGAUUAUUGAUCUGUAGGAAGUCUAUCUAAAUUAAAUUUUAAAGUCAGAUUGCGAAGACUGGAACGUCUGUUUCAAGGUCAGAGAGCGACUUGAAGAGUAAUGAUUACCAAUAAAGAAGGUUACGUUUUAAGUGAUUUAAACUAA